AUGGCACCCACUCCACCACUGCGACGCUCAAGCAAGAAAGCUCAAUUGAAGCCACGGCCAUCAAAGUCCAACACCGACACCGACACCGUUAUGACCGACCCGCCCGAGCUGCCGUCCACGCCCUCACAAGCUCCCGCAGGCCCCUCAAACCCUCUCUUCCGUCUUCCACGCGAGCUCCGCGACAAGAUAUACGCCCUCGUCCUCACAUCCACGAGUCCGAUCCUCUGGCCCAGCCUGCACCAAACACACAAUCUAACUCCCUCGCUCCUCCGCACCAGCCGCGCCGUCUACGCCGAAACUGCACCCCUCCUCUACAGCAGCAACCGCUUCCUCUUCUCGCACCCCAGCGACGUAAACAUGUUCCGCGUCACCGCGUCCGCCGCGUCCGAGGAGAUCACAGACAUCUUCCUGCGCACGCGCGACAAGGACGUCAAGCUCUGGACCGCAUAUCUCGGGUCCGCAGACACGCAUCGCAGCCUGCAAGCCGACCUGCCCAAGCUGAAACGGCUGGCGAUCUUCUACCGCAGCGGCUUCCUGCUGCCGCCGCUCGGGCUGGUCCAGGCCAACGGCGCGUGGGCCGGGCAGCAUCAUCCUCACGCCCACAACCACGGCCCCCAACACGCGAACCUGACGCUGCAUCAGCAGUUCCAGCAGCAUAUCCAACACAUCCAGGCUGGGAUAGCGGGCGGGAACCACCAACUACAGCCCCCGCCCCCGCCUCCACCUCCUCCUCCACCGCCGCCGCAGCAUCAGCAGCAGGAGCGGCCGGUUGUUCAUCUCGAGACGUUCUUCCGGUACCCGUAUGAUCCGAAACUCAAGGAGCUGUGCAUGAAUCUCGAGGGGCGCACGCAUGCGGAGACCAGGGUGUAUGUUAUGUACAGGGUCCCGCGCGAGGAGGUCAGGCUGCUGGUUGAGACGUUCCCGGAACAGCUCGUGCUGGAUGGGAAUGGGGAUGCGCGGACGAGGCACAGGAGGGAACUGUGGGGGGUUGGGGUCAGUGUGGAGUUGACAGCUGUGGAUGCAGUUGGGGGUGGAGUUUAG